AUGGAGAAUAUUGCUCUGUCGGAUUCCAAUGAUGAUCUAGCUAAUGAAAUUAUUGGAGAUCAUGAUUUAUCUCGUGGACCUCCAAGAAUGUUAGCCGAACAGCAUGUUACAUCUGAAUUACAAGAUGCAGCUAACACUGAUGUAAUUAGAGCUCCAUUUAUAACUUCUGCUAAUACACCAUUUAAACCACUUUUUCCAGCACCGAAUAAUUCAACUCAAAUGUUAUCAAGUGGUUCACCAUUAUUAUUUCAACAGAAAACAAAUAAUAUUCCAACAUUAAAUCCACUUCUUCAACCACCAUCAUCAACAUCACAUUUACCAUCGCCAUUAAUUCAACCUUCCGUUCGUCCACCAUCAAUUCCAAGUGCAUUUCAAUCACCACCAUCGGCAUUCACACCAUUAAAUCCUGCUAAUACUCAACAAUUAUCAUCAUCAUUAAUUCAACCUAAAUUAACAAUUGGAAAUCAACAAACACAAUCUGUUCCAUUUCCAAUGACAACAAUACAAGGUAUCGAAACAACAAAUAAUAUUCCACCACCUAUGAUGAUGCCACCACCUUCAACACAAGAUAUUCCAAAAACACAGCAUAAUUCACAAUUUGUUCCUUCUCUUGCUCUUUCAACUACUUCAACAACAAUGAAAGAUCCAAAUCUUACACUACCUCCACCUCCUCAACAAACUGGCGCAUCAGCACAAGUAAAUCCUUAUUCUGCUCGUGCUUCAUUAACAGAACGUAUUUAUCCAAGUAUGCCAACAUCACAAGCUCCACUUCAGCCACAACAAUUACCGCCACCAGUUAGUUUUCAACAACAAACUAUGCCAUCGAUAACUAGCAAUAUUUUUGUUCCACCACCAACUGUUGCUAGUACAACUACACCAAAUGUUUUUCCAGGAACUGAUACAAAUAUUUACAAUCCAUCUUAUCAGCCACCAGGUGAACCUAAUCCAACACCAUGGACAAAUUAUCCAACAACACCAACAUAUGAUCAACAACAAAAUGAUCCAUCAUCUACAAAUCCUACUGGUAUUUGGGGUUGGUUUAGUGGUAAUAAAAUGUUGGCUACUGUUGUCGAAAAAGCUAAAACUGGUAUUGAAACAGUUAUAACAACAGUUGAUCCUCAAAUGAGACAAUAUAUUCAACCAGGACAUGAAAUUAAUAUCGUAGUUACAUCAGCUAAAGAUGUUAAACUUACACCUGUACGUGAUGCAUUUACACAUGUAUUUGGUCGCGUAACAACUCAAGGAAUUGGUGUUCAAUCAAAUGUUGCUCCACAACCAGUCGGUUUUGAAGCUGGGUUUAAAGGCGCUCAACAACGUAUUGAAAAUCUACGUCGUCAAAAUGUUGUUCAACCUGAUCAAUGUGUUGUUUCAAUUGAAAAUUUUAUUGCCGAACUUGUUCCAGAUAUGUAUUUUGAUCUUGGUUAUGUACUUUUAUCUGAUCCAUCAAAUUCCAUUGAAUUACAUCUAUUCACUCAAGCUAUACCCGUACCUAUUGAAUAUGUAUAUCAAGCACGUGAUCGUACACCAGCUGAUUAUCCAUUAAAGUGGAGUGGUUAUAUGGUAACAAUCGGAGAAAUUCUUCAUUCUCAAUUACCAUGGGUUAAUCCAGAAGAUUGGCAUGAAAUGAUGAGUGGAACAUCAAGACGAGAUAUUAUAUAUGCAACAUGUAAAUCUCUUGCAUAUAUGUAUAAACAAAGACUUAAUCGACAACAAUAA